CACAUCGUGGACACCAUCAGAGGAUCUACUGCCAGAGUGGUUGUAGCAUUUGUAGGAUUCGCGGGUCAUUCAGGGGCCCUGAUGGAAGAGGUUGUCCGUCAGAACAUUACAGAUAAGCAGUGGAUUGCCUCAGAGGCCUGGGUCACCUACUCUGCUCUCGCCACCCCAAAAAACCUACCUUCUCUUGCCGGGACAAUCGGUUUUGCCCUGAAGAAAGCCAACAUUCCCGGCCUGGGGCCUUUCCUAACACGCCUCCAUCCAAAUGGGGACUACCAGAAGUCCGACCCAUUCCUGAGAGAAUUGUGGGAGGAGAUGUUUGGGUGUUCUCUGGGGGUUGACCUCAGCAUGACCCAGUCGUCCAGGCGACAGUGUACUGGGUCAGAGGUCAUAGGUGAGGGGGAGAGCCAGUAUGCUGACGUGUCUCAGCUGAGAGCCAGCUAUAAUGUGUACAAGGCUGUGUACGCCAUCGCCUACGCCAUACAGGAUAUGGUGGCCUGUAGACCAGGGGACAGAGUCUUUAAUGGUGGACAGUGCCCUGAUAUCAGGAAGCUUCAGCCCAGCCAGAUUGUUCAUUAUCUGAGGGGAGUGAACUUCAGUACUCCUGUGGGGGAAUCUUUCCACUUCGACAUGAAUGGAGAUCCGCCUGCCUCUUAUGACAUCAUCAACUGGCAUGUGACCCCCGAGGGGACGGCAGAGUUUGUCCAGGUCGGACAUUUUCUGUCCUCUGAGGGAUCGGACGACCAGUUUCACAUGGACAUGGAUAAAGUGGUGUGGGGUGGGGGCAGCGGAGAGGAGGUCCCUGUGUCUGUAUGCAGUGCUGACUGUCCCCCUGGUACCAGGCAUGCAGUACAGAAGGGGAGGCCUGUGUGCUGCUUUGACUGCCUGUCCUGUGCUGAGGGAGAGAUCAGCAACACAACAGGGUCAGAUGAGUGUAUUAGGUGUCCAGAGCGGUUCUGGUCCAACCCUGAUCGUACGGCCUGCAUCCCCCAGCUGGUGGACUUCCUCUCCUACAGCGACACCAUGGGUGUCAUCCUGUCUGUCAUCUCAGUUUCCGGGGCAACACUCACAGCAGGUGCCUUGGCCACCUUCCUCUACCAUCGUCACACGGCCCUGGUGAAAGCCAACAACUCUGAGCUCAGCUUCCUGCUACUGCUGUCGCUCAAGCUCUGCUUCCUGUGUGCGCUGGUUUUCAUUGGCCGGCCGAAGCUGUGGACGUGCAUGCUGAGACACACCCUGUUUGGUAUAAGCUUUGUGUUCUGCAUCUCCUGUCUGCUCAGCAGGACUGUGGUGGUGCUGGUGGCCUUCAGGGCCACUCUGCCUGGAGAGAACCUGAUGAGAUACUUCAGCCCCACCCAGCAGAGGAUGGGUAUCUCACUCUGCACACUCAUCCAGGUGCUGAUCUGUGUACUGUGGUUGGCCCUAGCUCCACCCCGACCUGCUGAGAGGAGGGACAGAGAGGGUCGGGGGCCGAGGGUGGUCCUGGAGUGUGAGGUGGGCUCUGUGGUCGGUUUCUCUCUGGUGCUGGGCUACAUCGGCCUGCUGGCCUCUCUCUGUCUCCUCUUAGCCUUCCUGGCCAGGAAACUCCCAGACAACUUCAACGAGGCCAAGCUCAUCACCUUCAGCAUGCUGAUCUUCUGUGCUGUGUGGGUGGCCUUCAUCCCUGCCUACGUCAGCUCUCCUGGGAAGUACACAGUAGCUGUAGAGAUCUUUGCCAUCCUGGCCUCCAGCUUUGGGCUGCUGUUCUGUCUGUUUGCUCCAAAAUGUUUCAUCAUCCUUCUGAGACCAGAGAGAAACACCAAGAAACACAUGAUGUCCAAAUAGAAACCACCAAGAAACAUGAUGUCCAAUUAGAAACCACCAAGAAACACAUGAUGUCCAAUUAGAAACCACCAAGAAACGCAUGAUG